AUGACGCCCAACAUGCAAUCCAACCCCUACGCCUACCAACGUCCCAGCACACUGGCCACGCGCUCACUCAUCUCAAACAACAAGGCCGACGAGUUGUCUCCGACUUCCUCUAACGCUUCAUCGCCUGGCAGCACAACAACACAUUACGAGCGAGCAGCGGCGGAGGCAACCCGAGCCGAUCACAUCCCCGCCACCACGGCCGGAAGCGUGCUCGCCUCGGUGACUGAUAGACCCGGCAUGAUGAGGCAGCCGAGCUGGAAGAUGGCGGACCUCAAGGGUCAGCAGCAAGGGCAGAUGCUGGCUGGUGUCGUCAGUGGCCAUGGCUAUUCAACGACGGCAGCUCCGGGCCAGUAA